CCCUUGGGCGAGCGGCGCCGGGCCGCGAGUCUCUGCUCGCUCCGGGCACCCGCAACAAGUGGCCGCCGCGCCCUCCCCGGGGAAGCCGCGGGUGCGCAGGGGCGCCCGGAGGAAGCGGCGGAGCCCCGGAGCCCCGGCCGCCCGCGCGGCUCAGCGUCCACCGCAGGGGGAUCGGGGCGGGCGGAUGGGGACCCGGCGGCGGCGGCGCGGCGAGCCUCUGGGCGGCCCCGGGGCGCGGGCUCUCCGCGGCGCUGCGCCCGCCGGCCCCGAACGCGGAUUCUAAGGGCGGCGGCCGCCCCCCGGCCCCACCCGGCGCAGUCGGGGGUGCCAGGAGGGGACGGAGCGCCCCCUCCCACCGGAGUGCGGGGGCCGCCCCCGUCCGGAGAUCGGCCCCGGAGCGUGGGGUAUGCGCAGCUAAAGGUCCCGUCGGGCGGGCUUUCCUCCGGCGGAGCGCGCAGGCGGUGCGCCCCACCUAUGGAGUGUCCAGGGAGACGGCGGGCAUGACGGCGGCAGGAUGGGCGCGAACAAUGGCAAACAGUACGGCAGUGAGGGCAAAGGCAGCUCAAGCAUCUCAUCCGACGUGAGUUCAAGUACAGAUCACACGCCGACCCAAGCCCAGAAGAAUGUGGCUACCAGUGAAGACUCCGACCUGAGCAUGCGCACACUGAGCACGCCCAGCCCAGCCCUGAUAUGUCCACCCAACCUGCCGGGAUUUCAGAAUGGAAGGGGCUCGUCCACCUCCUCGUCCUCCGUCACCGGGGAGACGGUGGCCAUGGUCCACUCCCCGCCCCCGACCCGUCUCACCCACCCGCUCAUCCGGCUCGCCUCGCGGCCCCCCAAGGAGCAGGCCAGCAUCGAACGGCUCCCGGACCCCGCCAUGGUGCAGAUCUUCUCCUUCCUGCCCACCAACCAGCUGUGCCGCUGCGCCCGCGUGUGCCGCCGCUGGUACAACCUGGCCUGGGACCCGCGCCUCUGGAGGACUAUCCGCCUGUCGGGGGAGACCGUCAACGUGGACCGCGCCCUCAAGGUGCUGACCCGCAGGCUCUGCCAGGACACGCCCAACGUCUGUCUCAUGCUGGAAACCGUAAGCGUCAGUGGCUGCAGGCGGCUCACAGACCGAGGUCUUUACACCAUUGCCCAGUGCUGCCCGGAGCUCCGGCGGCUGGAAGUCUCGGGCUGCUACAAUAUCUCCAACGAGGCAGUCUUCGACGUGGUGUCCCUCUGUCCCAAUCUGGAGCAUCUGGAUGUGUCAGGGUGCUCCAAAGUGACCUGCAUCAGCUUGACCCGGGAGGCCUCCAUUAAACUGUCCCCCUUGCAUGGCAAACAGAUCUCCAUCCGCUACCUGGACAUGACGGACUGCUUCGUGCUGGAGGACGAAGGCCUGCACACCAUCGCGGCGCACUGCACGCAGCUCACCCACCUGUACCUGCGCCGCUGCGUCCGUCUCACGGACGAGGGCCUCCGCUACCUGAUGAUCUACUGCGCCUCCAUCAAGGAGCUGAGCGUCAGCGACUGCCGCUUCGUCAGCGACUUCGGCCUGCGGGAGAUCGCCAAGCUGGAGUCCCGCCUGCGGUACCUCAGCAUCGCCCACUGCGGCCGCGUCACCGACGUGGGCAUCCGCUACGUGGCCAAGUACUGCGGCAAGCUGCGCUACCUCAACGCGAGGGGCUGCGAGGGCAUCACGGACCACGGCGUCGAGUACCUCGCCAAGAACUGCGCGAAACUCAAGUCUCUGGACAUCGGCAAAUGCCCUCUGGUCUCCGACACGGGCCUGGAGUGCCUGGCCCUGAACUGCUUCAACCUCAAGCGGCUCAGCCUCAAGUCUUGCGAGAGCAUCACGGGCCAGGGCUUGCAGAUCGUGGCGGCCAACUGCUUCGACCUGCAGAUGCUGAACGUGCAGGACUGCGAGGUGUCGGUGGAGGCCCUGCGCUUCGUGAAACGCCACUGCAAGCGCUGCGUCAUCGAGCACACCAACCCUGCCUUCUUCUGAAGGGACGGCUUCCAGCCGUCGCUGUUUUCAUACAGACGUGAACAAAACAAAAUGUUUUUUCAAAGCAGCAUAUGUAAGCGCCGACACCCACUCGUAACAGCUCUUUCUUCCAGGAAGGUUCUUAGGAAUCUGGCUUUCGUUUUUUCCUAAUUUCUCGUGGGCAACAGAGGUCCAGGAAAGGAGGCUGGGGGGCACAUUUCUAUCGCAGCCAACGGUUUUGUGGGGGGUCAGGUCAUUUGUAGGCAAGUUUCUCGUCUCAGAAAGACGUACCUCAGAAAGCGGAUUGCAGUGUCUUUAGGAACGCGCCUUUUUCUCUCUGUCUCCCUCCUCCCGGCCACAGCCUUGAGGUCUACACCCUGGCCCCUCCUACCCCACUCCUCCCUCUCCUACACCCACAGCAAAUUAUCCGAAUAAUAAUGCUCUCUAGACCGCCUCCUCUUUCAACUGCUUGAUUGGCCUAAAGCACAUUUUUCAGCCCCACACCCAAGCAAAUUCUUGUUAGAUAAACGUCACAGCACCUGGUACAUAUGAAGCGCUUCUAAACCUUUUUCAAGAAUCAUUGGCGGCAGGCAGCACGGUGGAGGAAGAGACCUGCGUUGUUCCCCCAAAUCCCAGCUCUGCCACUUAGGAGCUGUGUGACCUUGGGCAAAGCACUUGACCUCUCUGGGCUUCAGCUUCCAGCACCGAAUCAGAGGCCAUCCUCUGAUCUGAUCGAGGAUUAGCUUCAUGCCCAUUUUAGAGCUGAGGGAGUAGAGACAUCAGUAAACACAGGCUCCUUGGCAUAGAGCACAGG